CCCCGCUGUUGUCAGGCGAGCGAGCAGGCGCUAGAUUCUUCGGUUUGCGGACGUUCCGCGCAAAUAAAGCGGGCGGGCGGGAGGCCGGCCCCUGCUGCCCGUGGGGUGAGCAGCAGAGCAGCCGAGGCGCCCUGUGCAGAUGGAACCCAGCAGCGGGAGCCGCGGCCCCGGGCCCGCCGCUGCAGCGGUGGCGGCCGUGCUGCCGGCGGGCGGGAGCGGGGAGCGCCUGGGUGGCGCCACCCCCAAGCAGUUCUGCACAGUGCAGGGGAGGCCGCUCGUCAGCUACACGGUGCGGGCGAUGGAGAGGAUAAGUUGGAUAUCUGACAUUGUUGUGGUUGUCUCUCCUGAAAAUAUUGAAACAAUGAAGUCUAUCAUUGAAAAAUAUGGCCACAAAAGAGUUACAGUAGUAAAAGGUGGAGUAACUCGUCACCGGUCAAUUUUCAAUGGACUGAAGGUGUUUGCAGAGAAUGAAUUUUCCAGUCAGCUGCUCCGGAAACCAGAAGUAGUGAUUAUCCAUGAUGCCGUGAGGCCAUUUGUUGAAGAAGAUAUUCUUUCAAAAGUGGUUAUGGCUGCUAAAGACCAUGGGGCAGCAGGAGCAAUUCGUCCUCUAGUUUCUACUGUUAUUGCCUCUGCUGCAGAUGGCUGCCUAGAUCACUCAUUGGAACGUGCCAGGUACAGAGCGAGUGAAAUGCCUCAGGCCUUCUUGUUUGAUAUAAUCUAUGAAGCUUACCAACAGUGUACGGACUGCGACCUGGAUUAUGGCACUGAAUGUUUGCACCUGGCUCUGAAAUACUGUAAAACAAAUGCCAAACUUGUUGAAGGAACAGCUGAUCUCUGGAAGGUGACCUACAAGCGGGAUCUGUAUGCUGCUGAAUCGAUUAUUAAGGACAACCUAGCACAAGAAGUUUGUGUUAUUACCAGUGUGAAGGAAGAUGUGGCACAAGUAAGUUUUCUCCUUCAUGAAUCUCUGAAAAGCCGAAUAAAAGUUGAAGCUGUAUCAAUAGCUCUAAGCAAAAAUGAUGGCUAUCUACAAGAUAUCUUUUCAGGGCAGUGCUACAAUUUUGUUUGUAUAAAUGAUAAAAAGUAUGCAAUUGAAGAAACCCAGAAACUAGUGAAUAUGUUGGAAAAAUCAAAUAUUCCUCUCUUAUAUCCAGUUGUCCUUAUUUCGGUGCACUUGGGUGUUUCAGAAAAUACUUCUUGCAGUAUUGGUAUGGAAGAACUAACUAGGAUCAAGAAAUUUGCAAGGGAAGUGAAAAAGAAAAAUAUUUUGCUUUAUGGAAUCCUUUUUCAAUAUAAGGACUGUUUGCUGCUUCAGGAGACAGUAAAUUCUGCUGCUGCUCUUAUCCUGGCAUUAAUAAUGGACAGAAACCCAGAGCUGAUUGGCCAGCUGUUGGUAGCAUAAGACCAUAAAUCUUGUGUAGCUUUUGGAAAUGUUUCUUUUUCCUCAUCCAUUCACCAAAGGUCUUGAAUCAUUUUACCCUCUGAUGAAAACUCUGGAUUUAUGACAUUUGCUAUUAAGAUCUUUUUACAAUGUAUUUUUGAUACUUAAAAUGCAAGUCUGAUAUUAUGUAUAAAGUGUAAAAUGGUAUACAAAUAAUUCUGAGAUACACUGGGUACUUACUGUGAGGAAUGGUACUGAAAUGUUUUUGUGAGGUAAAUGUUCCAUCCCUGGUGGUGUUCAAGGCCAGGCUGGAUGAUCUUGGGUGAUAUGGUCUAGUGUGAGGUGUCGCUGCCCAUGGCAGAGGGAUUGGAACUAGAUGAUCUUAAGGUCUUUUCCAGCCCUAACCAUUCUGUCAUUCUAUAUGAUCAUUUAAAAACGUGUACUGGUGACACCAAAGCAUUCAUGCAGAAUUGUCUUUAACCCAUGUGUGUGUGUUGUACUCUAGGACUGCAUGAAUUAAAUUUAAGAUAAAAUAAUCCCAAAGCACAGCUCAUCUUCUUUAUGUUAAAUUAUUUUAAAUUUGCUUCUAUAUCUAUUAGUGGCUGUAGAGUUCAUUAUGUAGUGUAGCCUUCCUGACAUCCACAGAAAUGAUGUUGCAAGAAGUAUUUGAAGGGUCAUGUCCCUGUCCUCCAUGGAAUGAAGGUAAUCUCCAAACAAAGAAAAUAUACGCAUGGGAACAGCAAGGUGCUAACCCCUAGUUUUGCAGAUGCAGUAUUCUCUGGCUGUGGCGCUCCUUACUGCUACACUUCUCCCAGUAGCCCUGUGCCAUCAUUCAGAACUAGCUCCAGUGAGUACCAUAUUACGUAUACCCUUUGUGUUUGCACGUGUAUGUAUGUGUAUGCAUGUAUGUGUGUGUGCAUGCUUAAAGAAAAAGGGUUAAGACUGAAAAAAAGUUUCAGAACCCCCUCUGUAGGUAAUGGAGAAAUAAGAAGGUUCUGUUAGCUUAUCCACAAGAACACAAUUUUCCUCUCUCGCUGGUUAGCAUGGGUGUGUACUAAGUACUGGUGAAGAGAACUAAGUGUGAUGAGUUCAGGUAUGUGCUAUUGACAUACAAGUGUGGAAAGUUGGGACAGGAAGGUCAAAUGUUGAAUGGUCAUUUCAUGGAGUAUCUCCAGGUAUCACAAUCACUAAUAGCAAUACAAGAAGUGGACAGUCCCUGAAAACACCUGGCACCCCCUAUGCAUCAGACUCAGGGAUUCCAGCUUUCCUCCAACUUGUGAAGAGGCUAGGUUAGUGUCUUGUACCUGUCAUGACUGGAGUAAGGUCUAAAGAAUAUCCCCACCAGAUGCAUCCAGUGAGUCCCCCAUUAAGGCUGUCCUGAGCAAGAGCACUGUUGGUUCAGCAAUUUUCCCUGUGAAACCAGCAUUCCUCCCCUUACUCCCACUAUCUUCCACACCCUCUGGUGCUCAGACAAAACUUAGAAUAGCAUGGUCUGUGUUCGGUCCCCUUCCCCUGAGUAUAUCUCAAUUUUAAAUCCCUUUAGAAGCUGAUGUUGAUCCCAAACUUCCUCUACUGCACAAUAAAAAGUUGUUAGCCGACUGUUCUGUAUCCAAAGCCCCCAUUUUCUUCCACACACAAAUCAUCCUAAGACAACCAACAAAGUUCUCUUGCGUCAUCUGCUUUCUUCUUUGCUUCACUUUUCUCCCUACUUUGAUUAAUAAUCUGUCCUUUUCUGACAUUGUACAACGUAAGCAUUCAUAUUAGCUCACUGUAUACAACAGGCAUAUUUUAUUCAUAUAUAUAUUCAUAUAUGCAUAGUAUGCAAAUAAAUGAAGAACUAAAGAAUUUAUUAUUGAUAUGCAUAAUUUAGCAGGACAGCUUUCACAAAUAAUUUCCUUAAUUCUCUUUUACAUUAAUAAAUUUGAUGAAGGAAUUUGUCUCACAGGCUUUUAAAAGACACAAUGAGAGAUAUCUCUUUGUAGUUUGUGAUUCCUCUUCACUUGAAGAUUAGAAUACAUACAAUCUGUGAUAUGUUUUUCUCAAAUAAGAAGCAAUUCAAUUUAGAAAAUUCUUGAUGUUUUCCACUCUAAGUUAUAAUUGUGGUACUUCCUUAGCAUUGGUGUGUAAAUUGUCAUAUGCUUAAACAGAACCUUUUACUUUGUGGGGUUGUUUUACUUACCUCAUUCUUUUAGAACGAUUUCAAUCCAAUUUGAAAAGUUACUGUAAUGAACUGCUGUAAUGGGAAAUUGUAUUAUGGUUGUUUAUGGACUUAUUUUAAGAAGAGAACAGAUAAUGCACAACAGAAAGCAAGUUUCAGGUUAUCAAACAUACUUAGUACUAAUCUGAAAUGGGAGAUAAUGAGCUUUAUUAAUGUAGUGUUAAUCCUUGUGUUACUUUUUUUUAAAAUCUGUAACUAUCUUUUUAAAUAAUGUACAAACAUUGAGAAACCCAUUUUGCUGGAAGCAAAUACACCAACAGAGCCACUAAACUAGAUCACGAAAUACUAGAACUGCGGUAGGAAAAAAAAGAAACUGGACUGCGAUUAAUGCUAUUGUGUAUCCAAACCAAAUUUAAAUGGUCUUUGGGAUGAUUGUUAAUACUUACAAUGGGAAUAAAGAUAUAAAAUGAAAUUAAGAAACGGGUUGAUUGCUUUUUGUCUGUGCAUAGUUUCUCACAAAUAGCAAUAUACAUGAGAAGCUUGGCAGUCUUUUGUAUACACAUGCUGUUUUGAAUUUAACUAGUGAAUCAGUCACCACCCAUAUUGCUUUGAACAUUUGAACAGAGAUAACACAGAGUAAAUAAAAGCUCAGACUCUGCCAGCCUUGCUUACCUUACUCCUCAAGCACUCUGAUUAGUAUUCCUUGGGUAGUGUUCAUCAUAAAAGAGAAUACAGAAUAUGGCCCUAGAAGUCCUUUUCAUAACUGCAGAGUUGAGUGAAUUAGAUCUGUAUAUUGAAACUAACCCACUUCAUGCAAAAAUCUCAAAACUAAAGUCCUUCAUUUGUCUUAGAUCAGUAGACAGAAGAACUUCUAGUUACAAUCUUUUUUUCUUCAGCUUUCCAGGCUACCUAACUUAAACAAGAUGGCUUGAUAGCCCUCUAAAAAGGCUGAAUGAAAAGGAUAGAAGAUGGUGAAAUUAAAACCAAAACUGACCCACCCCAAAAACAAACCGAAGAGCAAAGAGAAACAAAGCGAGUUGUUACACUAUUGAAAUCUGUGCCAUAACUCCAGUUGACUUUAAAAUAAUCACAAUGAAGCUUUUAGCUCAUCUUGAUAACUAAUGCAGGCUACAAAACAGAAAGUGCCUCUGGAUGUGUUGAAGCUUUUGGUGCAUUCAGAUAUGUAUUUCUAGGUGAUGCCACAGCUUCAUCAGCCCCACAGUGGUGUUUUAGGUGCCAUCUAACCAGAAGCUUCCAAAGUCUCGUAAGAUUCCCCAUUACUGCUUAGCACUUUCUGAGCUACUUUUCCUGUCUUGGAGGUCUCGUCACCAGAAAAGGGUCAUAGUUCGUUUGCUGUAUUCUCCCUGUCUUGGACACUUACUACUGGUCACUGCUUUUUGUUCAUGAUUUACUUUUG